UGUCUAAGUAGACAAAAGUCUUCAAAAAAGUGUGUUUUCGAUUGAUACUGCAAUUUGAUGGUUUGGUGACAAAAAAUUGUAAAGAAUUAAAAUCUGUGUUAAUUUUUGCUGCGUAGUAAUAAUUUACAGUCUUAAAAACAUAUUUUUCAUCUAGGGUGCAGCGGUAGUUACGAGAAAGAUCGAUGAAUAAAAUCAAUUAAUUUCGAGUGGUGAUCCAUACCACUAAACUGUAAAGAUGGCAGAAGUGGAUCCAGAGACAUUACUGGAGUGGCUGCUGACUGGGCAGGGUGAUGAACGUGAUAUGCAACUCAUUGCUCUUGAACAGCUGUGUAUGCUUCUACUAAUGUCUGAUAAUGUUGACAGGUGUUUUGAAAGCUGUCCACCAAGAACAUUUCUUCCAGCUUUGUGCAAGAUUUUUUUGGAUGAAUGUGCACCUGAUAAUGUUUUAGAAGUUACUGCAAGAGCUAUCACAUAUUAUCUGGACGUGUCUGCUGAGUGUACAAGGCGCAUUGUAGCAAUUGAGGGAGCUGUGAAGGCUAUAUGCAACAGACUGUUGACAGUUGACCCCAAUAAUCGGACAAGUAAAGAUCUAGCAGAGCAAUGUAUAAAGGUCUUGGAACUUGUUUGCACUCGAGAAGCCGGUGCUGUAUGGGAAGGUGGUGGUUUACCUGCUGUUUUGCAUUUUAUUACAAACCAUGGUACCUCAGUGCAUAAGGAUACACUACAUUCAGCCAUGGCUGUGGUUUCCAGGGUGUGCGGUAAGAUGGAGCCCGGUGACGCUCGCGUAGGUGACGCGGUGUCGUCGUUGUCAAUGCUCCUGCGUCACAGCGACGCGCGGGUGGCGGACGCAGCGCUGCGCUGCUUCGCCUCGCUCGCCGACAGGUUUGCACGCGCCCAUGCCGACCCGGCGCCGUUGGCUGAACACGGCCUAAUUGAAGAAUUAGUACGACGUUUGGGAAGCACAGAGAGUGGAGAUGAUAAAUGUCUCACUUCAGCCGUAUCCACUACAGUCAGUCUCCUUUCGACGCUAUGUCGCGGAUCGGCGCAGAUCACCCAUGAUUUAGUUCGUUUGGAAUUAUGUUCAGCCAUUGAAAAGGCAGUUCAAGCAGAUGAGCGUUGGUGCUUAGAAUGUAUGCGAUUGGUCGACUUGUUACUAGUACUGCUCUGUGAAGGAAGGCACGCCAUAGCAACGGGUGCGAACCGUAAUGUCGGUUCAUCAUCGGGCGCGCGGUCCACGGAGGCGAGUCGCGGCGGAGAGCGCUCGCACCGGCAGCUCAUCGACUGCAUCCGCGGGAAGGACACGGACGCGCUGCUGUCGGCCGUGUCCAGCGGCGCCGUGGAUGUUAACUUCACCGACGACGUCGGCCAGACGCUGCUCAACUGGGCCGCCGCCUUCGGCACCAAGGAGAUGGUCGAGUUCCUGUGUGAGAAAGGAGCGGACGUAAAUCGAGGACAGCGUAGUUCAUCCCUUCAUUAUGCGGCUUGUUUUGGUCGUCCCGCGAUUGCCAAGGUACUGCUUCGGUAUGGCGCCAAUGCGGAUUUGCGUGACGAGGACGGUAAAACCCCAUUAGACAAAGCGAGAGAGCGACACGAUCAAGGGCACAGGGAAGUGGCAGCAAUAUUGCAAUGUCCCGGAGAGUGGUUGGUUGUCGGCAACAGCGAGUCCCCGUCUCCGUCGACUGAUGAUGACUUUCCAGAGACGGGCGACAAAGAAAUGGCUGAGUUUUACCUAGAACGGCUGGUGCCGCUGUUCUGCGCGCGGUACGUGGGCGCGGGCGGCGGCGGCGUGCGGCGCGCCUGCCUGUCGCUGGUGCGCAAGAUGGUGCACUACGCGCCGCCGCGCCUGCUGCGGGACGCGCACCCCGCCGCGCUGCUCACCAACCUCGUCGCCGCCGUGCUCGACAACCAGGAUGACGACGAUGGACAUUUGACAGUUUUGGGCAUAUCCGAAGAGUUGAUGGCCAAGGCCGCCGACGUGUACUUGGAACAGUUCGCUCGGCUCGGCGUCUUCAGCAAAGUCGAAGCACUCGCCAUCACACCCAUUCAGUACGACAGCGAUGGCAGCUCGACUCCAGAGCUGAGCGGCGAGGACGCGUCGUGCUUGUCGAGCGGCGUCGCGUACUCGUGGGGCGAGUGGUCGCUGUGCCGCGGCCGCGACGCGCUGUACGCGUGGAGUGACGCCGCCGCGCUCGAGCUCAGCACCGGCAGCAACGGCUGGUUCCGCUUCCUACUCGACGGCAAGCUGGCCACCAUGUACUCCAGCGGCAGUCCCGAGCACCAGACCGACAACACUGAAAAUCGCGGAGAGUUCAUUGAAAAACUACAAAAGGCAAAAGCUUCGGUGAGAAACUUUAUCCCGCAGCCGAUCCUGUCGAAACCCGGUCCCAAUAAACUAGUUCUCGGGAAUUGGUCCUUAACAUGUGAAAAGGAAAAGGAGCUGCAUAUAUACAAUAUAGAUGGGCAGCAACAGACCACAAUAUUGAAAGAGGAUUUGCCGGGAUUUAUUUUUGAAUCAAAUAGAGGAACCAAACAUACAUUUACUGCAGAAACAUUUUUAGGUCCUGACAUCGCCAGUGGCUGGGCUGACAGAAGGUCAUUGCUUACCAAUAAUUCAACACCAACAAAACCUCGUUCUCGAAUAUCAGCAAAAACCGAAGCUCUUAAAGCACAAGUAUGUGAGCGAGCGCGUGCGCUGUACUCGCGGCACCUCGCGAGCGCAGUGACGCGCCAGCCGCGCCCGCCCGUCGCCCGCCUGCGCGCGCUGCUCGCCAGGAUGCAACGCAUCGCCACCCAGCCUUCCAAAGAUUGGCAACGAGAGCUCAACGAAUCGCUGGAUCAGCUGACCGAGUUGCUGUGUGGAGAUGAGCAUCUGUCUGCGUAUGAGUUACAGUCGUCUGGGUUAGCGCCUGCUCUACUACAGGUCCUCUCCCCACAGGUUAACGACGGUCCGGGCCACCUGUCGGAGCGCAGCCGCGUUGUGAGCGCGUGGAUGUGCCGGGCGUCGGGCGCGGCUGGCGCGGCGCUGGCCGAGCGGCUGGUGGCCGUGCUGGAGUCAGUGGAGCGGCUGCCGGUGCUCGCGCCGCACGACGCGCCGCCCGCCCCCGCCUCUGCCUUGCACCACCUCACUAAGCGCAUACGCUUGCGCGUCGAACGUGAAAGUGAUGAAAUCAGCGAAGACAGCAAUGCUAAUAAUAACAGCGGCCGUAACCUGAAAGUGGAAGCCCUCACUACCGUCCGUCAGCUAGAACGGUUCUUGGCCAAGUCCGUAGCGCGGCAGUGGUACGACAUGGAGCGGUCCACCUUCCUCUUCGUGCAAAAAAUAAAAACUGAAGCUCCUUUAAGCUUCACCUACGACCACGAUUUCGAUGAAAACGGCGUUCUGUACUUCAUCGGAACCAAUGCUGGCACUUGUGAGUGGGUGAACCCUGGCGCUCACGGGCUAGUCUACGUGUGGUCAUCAGACGGUAAACAGUUACCGUAUGGACGACCCGAAGAUGUGCUGUCGAGAUCUCCAGAACCACUCAACGUGCACACUAAUGACGACAGACGCGCUUUCAUUGCAUUGGACUUAGGCGUUCAUAUUGUACCAACCGCAUACACCUUACGUCACGCCCGUGGCUACGGGCAAUCAGCAUUGCGGAAUUGGCUUUUUCAAAUGUCAGUAGACGGCUUGACGUGGUGUACGUUGGUGGCACACACGGACGAGCAGGCGCUGCAGGAGCCGGGCAGCACGGCCACCUGGCGCCUCCGCACGGAUUCAUCCUAUCGAUAUCUUCGCAUACAGCAAAACGGAAAAAAUGCGAGCGGUCAAAAAUACUACCUUUCACUCUCCGGGCUAGAGAUCUACGGAAAGGUGACAGGAGUGGUGGAGACGGCGCCACGACAAAGCGGUGCCCCGCAUCAGACCACGGGCACGACGGCGAGCAGCGCAUGUAACAACGCUACCGCGGCGAACAACACGAACAACGCCGGCAUGGCGGGCGGCGGCGGCGGCGCGCGGGCGCGGCGGUGGUCGCGCGGCCGCGGCGUGUGUGCGGGCGCGCGCGUCUCCCGCGGCCCCGACUGGAAGUGGCGCGACCAGGACGGGCCGCACCCCGCACUCGGCACUCUCACUUCCGAACUGCACAACGGGUGGGUCGAUGUCAGGUGGGACCACGGAGUUCGCAAUUCGUAUCGCAUGGGUGCAGAGGGAAAGUUCGACUUGAAAGUUGUGAGCGGUGGUACUGUCAUCGAAAGUUCAAAAGCCAGCCGGAAGAGUCACUCAACUCCCAGUUUGCCUGACGCCACUUCUGUCGAUCAGGUAUCAGUAGCGUCGACGGAACAGGCCUCGUCAGCGGACAAUAUAUCGAGUGAAGAGAUGGUCAGUAAUAUGUCAAGACCCCGUACGCACGCCACAGAUCUCUCUGCCAUUAAUAAUUCGACGCAUCAUAUAAACUCUGUGUUUGACAUAGAUCUCGCGACAAUAGUGGAGUCAUUGACGUUGGGCGCCGAAAGUAACAAUUGCAUCACCGAGUUGGGGAAUACAUCGUUUACCAACAUGGAAAUGGGACCUACGAGCAUUACGGAUAUCACCAAACCUUAUCCCGCCAAAGAGCCGUUACCCGAAUCCAGUGCACACGAGUGCGACGAAAAUGAAGCCGGGGAAAGUCAAUACGGUGAUAAUAAGAAGGAAAGUCAGUCCGGUUCGGGCACCAUGAGCGCUAGCGAACCUGAUUUGACGCAGCAGGGCACAGGACGCCUGUUGGAGUCGCUGGGCGUGGGCCGCGGCAACAGUGCAGGACGAGGCAGCAACGUGCCGCGCUCGAACCGUAACAAUCAUUCCUCUGGUCUCCUACCUAGUUUGGUGCGUUUAGCGUUGUCGAGCAACUUCCCCGGCGGGCUGCUGUCGGCGGCGCAGAGCUACCCCUCGCUGUCGUCCAACGCGCAGAACGCGCUCACGCUGUCGCUCACAUCCACGUCCAGCGAAAGCGAACAGGUCUCAUUAGAAGACUUUUUGGAGUCUUGUCGUGCUCCCGCGUUGUUGACAGAGUUGGAAGAUGAUGAAGACGGUGAUGAGGCGCUGGACAGCGACAAAGAGAACGAACCCACUUACCAGGAGGUAGUCAGUAAACUUUUGGUAUCUCGUAAUUUGCUCUCUCUGAUGGAGGAAGAAGCUUUAGAGGCUCUACGUGGCAGCUCGGGAUCUGGACAAAACAAUCGCUCGCGCCGACCCUGGGACGACGACUUCGUGCUCAAGCGACAGUUCUCAGCGCUCAUACCGGCCUUCGAUCCUCGCCCGGGAAGAACGAAUCUCAACCAAACUGUCGAUCUCGAAAUACCUCUGAACGAGGAGUCCGAAGAGGAGGAGAGUUGGGAAGAAGUGCCAGAGAACGUCGGCGGCGGCGCGACUAGCGAGACCGGUCGCGCCCCGGCGCUGCGCCUGGUACUGAGCGCGGGCGGGGCCUCGCUGCCGCUGGCGCGCGGCUCCUGGACGCUGUACCGCGCCGUGCUGCUGCUGCACGCCCGCCUGCCGCACGCAGACCUCCAUCGAGAUACCACAUACACUUUAACAUACAAGGAGGUGGAGGGUUCAGAGGGCGCAUUUGCUUCGAGUGACACUGAAGAUGAUGAACCUAAUGAUCCAGAAGGCGGUAUAGUGGGUGCAGAGGGGAGCGAGGGCGGCAUGGCCACGAGCUGCGUGCGCGUGCUGCGGCGCCUGCGAGCGGCCGCGCCCGAGCUGCCCGCCGAGCCCUUCCUCUCCACCAAGCUCACCAACAAGCUGCAUCUCCAGCUGCAGGAGCCGCUCGCGCUCGCCGCCGCCGCCACUCCGCAUUGGUGUCAGCAACUGAUCGAUUGGUGUCCAUUUCUGUUUCCACUCGAAACAAGACAAAUGUUUUUCGCAUGCACCGCGUUUGGAACGUCCCGGACCAUCGUCUGGCUGCAAGCGCAACGUGACCGUGCUUUGGACAGACAGAGAGCGACCAACACGGUGUCACCGCGCCGAGCGGAGCUGGAAGCGACUGAAUUCCGCAUGGGUCGCCUCAGACACGAGCGCGUUCGGAUUCCGAGAGAUCCCGACAUGCUGCGUUCUGCUAUUCAGGUGAUGCGAGUGCACGCGAGUCGCAAGUCUGUAUUAGAGGUGGAAUUCGCGGGCGAGGAGGGCACUGGUCUCGGGCCCACGCUGGAGUUCUACGCGCUGGUGGCGGCCGAGCUGCAGCGCGCCGACCUCGCCCUGUGGCUGCACGACGCGCCGCUGCACGUCGAUGACGACGCGCCGCUGCACCUCAUGCAGCCCACAGAAAAGCCACCCGGUUACUACGUGAGCCGGCCCGGUGGCCUGUUUCCGGCUCCACUUCCGCAAGAAUCCCCUAUCUGUGAUAAAGUGUGCAAAUAUUUCUGGUUUUUAGGAGUAUUUUUAGCUAAGGUAUUACAAGACGGCCGACUAGUUGACUUGCCUCUGUCAGAGCCGUUCUUACGUAUAAUGUGUGGUGAAGAGUUAACGAAAGAGAAUUUACAAGAAAUCGAUCCCAUUAGACAUAGAUUCUUAGAGAAGAUGCUCGAAGCAGCCGAGGGGUACGACAAAAUAAUGCGUGAUGAAUCCUUGGACGAGAACGAGAAGCAGAAACGUGUCAGUGAGUUAAAUGUAGACGGCGCCGCUUUUGAAGAAUUGUCUUUAACUAUGACGCACAUCGCACCCAACGUCGACCCCGCUGUCGCCGUGCAACCGCUCUGUGAUGGCGGAGAACAUAUCGAGGUGGGCGCGCACAACGCUCGUCUGUACGCGGAGUGGAGCGCGCGCUGGAUGGUGUCGGCGGGCGUGCGGCGCCAGGUGGCGUGGUUCAAGCGCGGGUUCGCACGCGUGUUCCCGCCGCGACGCCUGCGGGCCUUCUCUCCUUCCGAGCUGCGCCUGCUGCUCUGCGGGGAACGCGGCCCCGUCUGGACCAGGGAACAUCUGCUGCAGUAUACCGAGCCUAAACUCGGAUACACCAGAGAUAGUCCGGGAUUCCUUCGUCUGGUUGACGUUCUGGUUGAGAUGUCGAUCUGCGAGCGUAAAGCAUUCCUGCAGUUCGCGACGGGAUGCAGCAGCCUGCCGCCCGGCGGACUCGCCAACCUGCAUCCUCGACUCACGGUCGUACGGAAGGUCGACGCCGGAGAUGGAUCGUACCCUUCAGUGAACACCUGCGUGCACUACCUGAAGUUGCCCGAGUAUUCGUGUAAGGAAGUGCUACGCGAACGUUUGCUGGCCGCGACCAACGAGCGCGGCUUUCAUUUAAAUUAAUUCCUAAUAAUAUAAUCGUGUUUAUAUCAAAAUAUAUUGUAACUAUAUUUGAACAUUUACACGCAUCAAUGCUGCACUUUGCCUUUAUAUACUCUUGAUUUUUAAGUAAUGUCGAAAAUUAAUUCAAAGCUGUCCCGUUUUGUUACUCUUACUGAAAUAAUGUGCUUGAAUAUAAUACAAUUGUAUUUAAUAGUUCAAAUUCUUUAAAUUAAGCUGCUAUUACAUUUUAUCCAAAUUAAAAUACACAAAUAUGUGAGUAAGAUGACUAAAGAUUGAAUUGAUUAAAUGAGUAAAAUUCAAUUUAAUUAACAACAAUUUGUAACAUGCCUACAAGAAAUGUUUUCAAUAUAUCGAUUCUGGAAAUAGUAUGUAUUUAAAUGAAAGUUGUUUACUAUCAUUAAAUUCGUGUUAGUAAAUCGGAAACACCAAUUAUCUAAAAUAAAUAAUAUCUAGGCGUAGAUUUAGUUAAUAAGUAAAUUUAUUGAUCGUGCUUAAAUUCUAAUCUUCGUUUAAUUUUCAUGGAGGCGCUGUAUAAUCAAUAACAAAUUCUAGUAUUACAAUAAUGCUAUAGGUGAGAUACGACCGGUACAUAAUUCCGAAAAGUAUUCUGUCCCCAAUAAAAUAUAAACAUUUUAGAAACUCAGUCUAAAAAAAUAAAAAUAGUAUUAUGAUUGAUGUAUUAUAAAAAAAUCGAAAAUUAAUACGAUACCAUCAGAUAUGUAUGGUAAUACGAUUUGCAACUUUCCAUAAAUGCUUUCAGCCUUCAAGCAGAUGCGAAACUCAUUGCAUCUAGCUAUCAGACAGCGCCUAGUUUAAUAAAUAAUCAAGAUUGAUAGAAGAACUAGAGCACUUUGUAAUUUAAAACGAUAUUUUGACAGCUAAUAGCUCUGGAGCUCUUGAUUAAUAUACAAACAUACAAGAACCAAUAUAAGGUCUUACAGUUUUUUAAAUAAUAAAAAAAAAACAGCUAUUAAGUCAUACGUUUUAAAUUAAGUAAAUAAAACCAUGAAAUGUUCCUUUGUGUAGGAAUGUUUGUUAUUUUUGAUUGAAUUUUAUAGGCAAGAAAUAUCCAUGAAAAUAAGUAAUGGUGAAAAAAUGUUGUAAAAUGACAAAUAUUAAUGUUUUAAAGAUGAAAGGAAGAGAGUAGCAGUAAUGACAUGAAACGUUUUAUGUUAUUUGGUUUCAAAUUUCUAACUUUUCAUAUCUGGACGUAUUUUAAAUUUAUUUUAAUUUUAGAUCUCAUUAAAAACUGAUUAUAUGAAGUAGAAUGUAUAAAAACCCAUUUAGAAAAGUCAAAUUUCAUUUUGUAAGCUUUUGCGUUUCGACAACUAUAGAUUAAUUUAAAAAGUAUCCCCUUUAACUCUACCAAUAUGAUACAAUUUGGUGUUUUUUUGUAAAUGAAUAACACAUUAAGCGCCUGAUGCGGUCAUUCUGUAUUUGUACAUAUAUUGAUCUACAGUGGAUUUGAUGAAAUCAUAUUGAUGAUAUUUAGACCAAAAAGAACAGGAGACUCGAGUGUCGCAUUAAUCAAUGCUUGUAAGGGUCUCCGACGUUAAGGUGUGAAACACUAAUAAUAUCGCGUGUUUAUGAAAUUUAACUGAUUAGCUGUGUUCCUUUAUUUCAAUCAUAUUAUUUUGUCAACUGAAAGUUGAUAUACUAUUGUGAUUUAUUCUAGAAAUAUUUUAUCAAUUAAAAUGUAUUAAGUUUAAAUUUAAUAGAUAUUUAGAAUUUAAUGAUUAACAUUACAUAACAAAUUGUAGCGUUCUUGUAAUUGUUGAAGAUUGUCUCAAUAAAUAAUUCGAAAAUA